AUGACGAAGAUUGAACCCGCGGCCGUCAUUCGUUCCGCGCACGCCGACCACAAUGGCGUCGCUUUCAAGAAACCGCUAGAGCAACACAACCACAAGGCUGGCGAAGAAAGGAUGGGACUUGCGGUGAAUAACGUCGAAGCGAUAGAAACGACAACACAUGAGCUUGUAAACGCAUUCUUUAGAAGGGUUCAAGCCAAGGCCGGACCCUCUACAGAGACUAAGUCAGAGGCGUCCUUCAAAGAUGCGCUCGGUCACUAUAUUGCGACACAAUUCGAGGACACUGAUAAAGGACGCGCUCAUCUAGCCGAUAUAUAUGCGAGGCGAGAUCCGAAUGAGCUAGCACAUUUGCUUAAAGUGGUCCACGGAGUAUACCGUGCGCAUCAGGAAGAAACGGCGUUGGCGGAAAUUAUGGAGGAAAUGCAACGAUUCGACACGCAUCCUCUCGCGGUCCUCAGGAUGAUCAUUCCCAUUUAUAAGGACGUUGGUAACCCCGAGAGACCUUCGGCGGACAUAGUUUUCGAGCAACUGAAGGAGUACAUCAAGAUGUACAACGCGAAAAGACCAGACGAACCACCCAUCGCGAUGCUUCUGACGUUAUUUGAGGGCUUUGGUAAUUUGGCGAGACUCAAAUCUUUUUUGUCGGACGUGAAGCCCAAUCCCACCUAUGCUCAAGAAGUCAAUCGUAUGGAACAGUUGCUGGCUGAGUUCCAGAUGAGACUUGUCAACAUGUUCGAUGCUCUUGCUCUUGAGGUGGGGAUCGCACCACAGGGACAGCGUUUCUUAGCAAACCACAACAUGGAGUCAUUCAUGACAUACAUCUGGAGAAUCAUUAAUUUACUUCCUCCGGGCCGUCAGAAUAUCUUCGCGGAACUAAAGGUGAUGUCGGAGGCAAAUCCGGCUGCCAUUUGA